AUGCCACCUCUUAUAAUACUCGGCGCUCCCUCCCGUUCCUCUCUCAUUUCCUCCCUCUCUCCCUCUCCCUCCUCCUCACCAGGAACUGGAAUAGGGAGCUGGCACCGACUCACCCUCUCCCCUCCGUCACCCUCUCCUUUCCCGCAGGACGCCUCCGACAGCUGGGCCGAACUUCCCAAGGCGUCAUAUGUCGCCGCUCAUUCCCGACUCGGGGAGGUGAGCGAUUUGUACCGGAAUGCAAUAUUUGGGGGGUCGAUGUCGAUGUCGAGAGAUGAAGGUGAAGAGGAGGGAGAGAGCCUGGAGGUCGUCCUUCAUUCUCGGAGGGAGGAGACGAGCGCAGAGGCGAGCGAGGUCUCCCAUGCUCUUACAUGGGAACCGACUCCCAACACAUCACGAACAGCGAACGUCCGGGAUGGAGCCUCUCACACUCGUUCCUCCCUCUGGACCGACUCAGAAUCCUACCUCCCCACACCUGCUUCCUCCUCCGAAGCCUCGAUCCACCGACUGCCCUCUUAUCGUGUCAACCCCCACUCCCUCACUCCCCUUCACCUUCUCCCCUCCCUCUCACGCGCGCGCUACGCCCCUCCUAGGGUAAACAUCCUCGUCGGCGUACUGGAAGUCUCCGGUCCCGAAACGGUAACGAUCCGUAAAGGCAAAGAGGCAGGGAAAGAGGUUGCUGUGCUGAAGCUUGUUGUGGGGGGAGAGGGAAGCGUUCUGGGGGUGACCGCUUGGAGGGGAUGUGCCAAGACGUGGGCGCAAGCCGCAGAUGCAGGUGUUAGGAGGGGGGAUGUGGUUUUGCUGUCUGAUCUCGAAGCUCCACGCCUAAGCAGAACUGACCCUGCCCCGCACCCCCGAGCCCCAGAAACCCCUCAACCUCACCUCCUCCCCCAACUCCACCCUAACACUAUGCUAUCGCUGCAUCCCGUUGUCUGAGGCUGACCGCCGCUGGAGGCCGGACCUCAGGCUAGCGGAGAGCGAUAGAGGGAUGGAACUUGUUCAAGGGGUCGUGAGAUGGGUGGAGAGGAUGGCGGGGGUGGGGAGAUGAAGUGUUAGGUUGAAGGAGAGUUUGCAGGCUGAGAUUCUUGUGGUGCAAUCCUCUCAGCUCCUCCCCAUCCCCUCCUCCAACCGACCCGGAUUGGCCAAAAGGUUCAUACCUGGGGAAGUGAACCUGCUGGGGAGAGGGUAAGGGAGCGUCGAACCUUACGUGAUGAGUAGGAGGUUGCCCUAUCUGAAUCAAGCGGGUUUGUCAGUUCUGCGACCCAAGACCUUGCAGACUGGGAUCAGCACCCAAUCCUGCACAAGCCGGCCCCCCACCACCACCACCAUCUGCCCAAGCCAAUGUCGGCGCCGAGCGAACAAAUCAAUUCACGAAUGACUCAUGGGCACUUGAUUGGCUAGCCUUACCCCCGACCUGUCAACAAAACCUCUGUUUCGGGACUAUGAGUCGCUUGGUAGCGGAGGACCGUAUCUGAGC